AAAUAAAUAAUAGUGUGUUUGGAUAAUGCAAUUUUGCAAUUUGGUAGUGACGAAAGAGAAAGAGCAAUAUCGUAUGAAUGAAUUGGAUGUGAAUAAGAUAGAAUGGAGUGUUUGAAAUCCCCGUUCCUGUUCUCAACGCCACUCUUACCUCACAUUCACAACACCAAAACAAAGGCAAACAAGAACAACAAACCCCUUACAAUUCGAAGUUACACAGACGAAGUACACCGCGACCCAUGGACCCGCAAAACCGGCGACCCAACUAAACCUAAACCAACACACAUCAACCCCAAAACCCCUCUCUCCGACGACAACGCACGCCGCAUAAUCAAAGGUAAAGCUCAGUAUCUCAGCGUUCUACGGCGUAACCAAGGUCCCAAAGCUCAAACCCCUAAAUGGAUUAAGAGAACACCUGAACAGAUGGUUCAGUACUUGCAGGAUGAUCGCAGUGGCCAGUUGUAUGGGAAGCACGUCAUUGCUGCUAUUAAGAAGGUUCGUGCUCUUUCUGAGAAGCCUGAUGGGGUUUAUGAUAUGCGAAUGGUUAUGUCUUCUUUUGUUUGUAAGCUUACUUUUAAGGAGAUGUGUAUUGUGCUUAAGGAGCAAAAGGGUUGGAGGCAAGUUAGAGAUUUCUUUGCUUGGAUGAAAUUGCAGCUGAGUUACCAUCCCAGUGUUAUUGUCUACACGAUAGUGUUGCGCUUAUAUGGGCAAGUUGGAAAGCUUAAUCUGGCUGAAGAGACCUUCUUGGAGAUGCUAGAUGCAGGUUGUGAACCUGAUGAAGUGGCUUGUGGUACCAUGCUCUGUUCUUAUGCCAGAUGGGGGCGCCAUAAGUCCAUGUUGGCUUUUUAUUCGGCCGUGAAACAAAGGGGAAUUAUUCUCUCUGUCGCUGUCUUCAACUUUAUGUUGUCUUCUUUGCAAAAGAAAUCACUCCAUAGAGAGGUUGUUCAGGUGUGGAGGGAUAUGGUAAGAAAAAGGGUGGUACCUAAUGAUUUUACUUAUACGGUAGUCAUUAGUUCUCUUGUCAAAGAAGGUCUGCAUGAAGAUGCUUUCGUCACUUUUGAUGAGAUGAAGAAUAACGGUUUUGUCCCUGAGGAGAUAACUUAUAACCUGCUCAUAAAUUCAAAUGCUAAAAAUGGAAACAGAGAUGAAGUGCAAAGACUCUAUGAUGAUAUGAGGUUUCGCGGAGUAGCUCCCAGUAAUUACACUUGUGCUACGCUUAUAUCUUUGUAUUACAAAUACGAGGACUACCCCAGAGUCCUCUCUCUUUUUUCAGAAAUGGCAAGAAACAGAACUCCUGCAGAUGAAGUAAUAUAUGGUUUGCUUAUAAGAGUUUAUGGAAAGCUUGGUUUAUACGAAGAUGCUUACAAAACAUUUGAAAAGAUAAAGCAUCUGGGCCUACUCACCAAUGAGAAAACAUAUUUGGCAAUGGCACAAGUCCAUCUUACUUCAGGAAAUGUAGACAAAGCCUUAGAAGUUAUUGGACUCAUGAAGUCUAGAAACAUAUGGUUCUCUCGAUUUGCUUAUAUUGUCCUGCUACAAUGUUAUGUGACGAAAGAAGAUGUAGUAUCUGCCGAAGGAACAUUUUUAGCUCUAUGCAAGACAGGACUUCCUGAUGCUGGUUCUUGUAAUGAUAUGCUCAGUCUGUAUGUGGGACUUAAUUUGAUGAACAAGGCAAAGGAGUUUGUUGUUCGAAUAACCGAGGACGGGACACAAUUUGAUGAGCAGAUUUACAGGACAGUUAUGAAGGUUUAUUGCAAGGAGGGAAUGUUGCCAGAAGCCGAGCAAUUGACAAAUCAAAUGGUUACGAACGAAUCUCUCAAAAUUUGUAAAUUCUUCCAGACGUUUUAUUGGAUUCUUUGUGAACAUAAAGGGGAUGUGAAAAUUGAUGAUAAACUCGUGACCAUUAAGUCCACCGAAAAACUUGACACUACAGCUCUUGGGAUGAUGCUCCGUGUAUAUCUGACAAAUAACGACUUCAGCAAGACAAAGAUAUUACUGAAAUUAUUGCUGGGUUGUGCAGGGGGGUCAAAACUUGUUAGUCAUUUCAUCAUCAGUUUGACUAAAGACGGAGAAAUCAGUAAAGCAGAAUCACUCAACCAUCAAUUGGUUACACUUGGCUGCAGAAUGGAAGAAGUCACUGCAGCUUCUUUAAUUAGCCAUUACGGAAAACAACUAAUGCUGAAACAAGCUGAAGAUAUCUUUGCAGAAUAUGGGAAUUCUCCAACAUCUAGCAAACUACUGUAUAACGCUAUGAUUGAUGCAUAUGCCAAAUGCGGCAAACAAGAAAAAGCAUAUUUGCUAUAUAAGCAAGCAACUGAGGAAGGGUGUGAUUUGGGAGCUGUUGGUAAUAGCAUCGUUGUAAAUGCUUUGACAAAUGAAGGGAAAUAUCAGGAGGCUGAGAAUAUUAUCUCCCGGUGCCUUGAAGAAAACUUGAAACUUGAUACUGUGGCUUACAAUACCUUUAUCAAAUCCAUGCUUGAAGCAGGCAAAUUGCAUUUUGCAUCUAGUAUUUUUGAGCGCAUGUGUUCCUACGGCGUCACUCCAUCCAUUCAAACAUAUAACACUAUGAUAAGUGUCUAUGGAAAAGAUCAUAAGUUGGAUAGAGCUGUGGAGAUGUUCAACAAAGCUCGCUCGUUGGGUGUACCUUUGGAUGAAAAAGCAUACAUGAAUUUGAUAGGCUAUUAUGGGAAAGCUGGUAUGAUACAUGAAGCUUCACAGUUGUUUAGUAAAUUGCAGGAAGAAGGGAUUAAACCUGGAAAGGUCAGCUAUAAUAUUAUGAUCUAUGUAUAUGCAAAUGCUGGAGUUCAUCAUGAAGUAGAGAAACUUUUCCAGGCCAUGCAGAGAGAAGGUUGUUUGCCCGACUCUUCCACGUAUCUUUCACUAGUCCGAGCAUAUACAGAUAGCCUUAAUUACUCCAAAGCUGAGGAAACCAUACAUACUAUGCCGAGCAAGGGAGUUUCACCAUCCUGUGUCCAUUUUAAUAUUUUGCUCUCUGCAUUCAUAAAAGAUGGGCUGAUUGAUGAAGCCAAGAGAGUAUACAAGGGAAUAUCAACUUUUGGUUUAAUUCCGGAUCUCAUAUGUUACCGAACAAUUUUGAAAGGUUACCUGAAAUAUGGACGUGUGGGAGAAGGAAUCAACUUUUUUGAAAGUAUAUGCAAGUCAACAAAAGGGGACAGGUUCGUCAUGAGUGUAGCAGUGCAUUUAUACAAAUCUGCAGGAAUGGAAAGCAAGGCUAAAGAAAUAUUGAGUUCAAUGAACAAGAUGAGGAUCCCUUUCCUCAGGAAACUUGAAGUUGGAUCAGCAGAGAGAGUGAAAGUUCCUUGAGAUAUAAACUACUUCAGAAAUAUGUGUGAGAAUGGUAACGCAGAGAGAGUGAAAGUUCCUUGAGAUAUAAACUACUUCAGAAAUAUGUGUGAGAAUGGUAACGCAGAGAGAGUGAAAGUUCCUUGAGAUAUAAACUACUUCAGAAAUAUGUGUGAGAAUGGUAACGCAGAGAGAGUGAAAGUUCCUUGAGAUAUAAACUACUUCAGAAAUAUGUGUGAGAAUGGUAACGCAGAGAGAGUGAAAGUUCCUUGAGAUAUAAACUACUUCAGAAAUAUGUGUGAGAAUGGUAACGCAGAGAGAGUGAAAGUUCCUUGAGAUAUAAACUACUUCAGAAAUAUGUGUGAGAAUGGUAACGCAGAGAGAGUGAAAGUUCCUUGAGAUAUAAACUACUUCAGAAAUAUGUGUGAGAAUGGUAACGCAGAGAGAGUGAAAGUUCCUUGAGAUAUAAACUACUUCAGAAAUAUGUGUGAGAAUGGUAACGCAGAGAGAGUGAAAGUUCCUUGAGAUAUAAACUACUUCAGAAAUAUGUGUGAGAAUGGUAACGGAGAAGAAUUGGCUAUGACAUGGAGCUUGUAUAUAGCUUAAUCAACCUGAUAACGGUGAUGUUGAAACCCUGAUUAUAGUUGCUAUACUGCUGACAAUGAUGAUUGAACAAUUAGAACUCUUAGUUCAAAAUGUACUUUUUUGCGGCUAAUGAUGAGGACCCUGUCCAUUUCCGUUGGAAUGUAUUGAGUCAAUGACUUCUGUAUAUGCCAAGAAAAUCUGUAUAAUUUAUACUCAAUACCUCCCAUGUCCCAACUAAAGGAAAGUUGAACCAAGGUGAAACAUGUGCAACUAUCAUCAUAGGAGAGUGUUUAGUAAGGUGACUUGUGACAUUUGAGGUUGAAGACUGACUGUUUGGCCUCAGCUUUUUCUAGGUAUAUGACUUUUCCCCAUGUUUGAGUUUCCAAUUGGCUUCAAAUAAUGUAUAGACUCAUAAAUGAAUUCAAGUUGCAGAUUAUAUCUGAUUCUUGCUCUAAGUUGUAUAUGAGGGGGCACUGCAAGAGCACUUGUUCCGUUUGAUUUGAGUGGGUACUGCAAGAGUUUUAUAAUAGAAACUGAAAAUUCCGGAGACA